AACAGCGGAUGGUACAUUUGAAGAGCAGCGCAUUAAGGUGUUGAUGACGUCAGGAGACGUUGUUGCAGCUGCCGUGAAGCAAACCUAUCGACUCAAAAUCCGAGCAGCAGCUGGCACACAACGCAUGCCAUGAUGAUGAGGAGGCUGCAGGGGAUGAGUGGUAUUAAUAGGAGGGCUUGAGUGUCUCAGCCUUUCACUAUCGUGGCCGGGGGGCUUGGUGGAGAGUCGGUGGACCGGGUUGGGGGGUGCUUCCGAUCCUGACUUCGCACUUGGACUACUAUAAUAACCUGGGAUCACAAGACAGGCGACAUGGAUGUGCUGGCUGUCCUCAAUUUGGGAGAUUUUGCUCAGGCUUUCUCCAAAAUGGGAAUGUUCCCUGUGUUCGAUGUGGCUUAUUACAUCGUGUCCAUCCUCUACCUCAAGUAUGAGCCAGGCUCAGUGGAGGUUUCUCGCAGGAGUCCCGUGGCCUCGUGGCUGUGUGCCAUGCUCUACUGCUUUGGGAGCUACAUUCUGGCCGACAUCAUGCUGGGAAGCAGCCCCCUUGACUACUUCCAGCACAACAGCCACAUCCUGCUGGCCUCUGCCGUCUGGUACCUCAUCUUCUACUGCCCACUGAACCUCUUCUACAAAUGUGUGGCUUUCCUGCCCGUCAAGUUGGUGUUGGUCGCCCUGAAGGAAGUGGUCCGUGCUCGCAAGAUUGCCGCCGGCGUCCAUCACGCCCACCAUGCCUACCACCACGGCUUCUUCAUCAUGGUCAUCGUCGGUUACGUCAAAGGGUCUGGAGUGGCUCUCAUUUCCAAUUUUGAGCAGCUGUUGCGUGGCGUGUGGAGACCUGAGACCAACGAGAUCCUCAACAUGUCAUUCCCUACCAAAGCUAGUCUAUACGGAGCCAUCCUCUUCACCCUGCAGGAGGCUCACUGGCUGCCAGUGUCCAAGGGCACCCUCAUCCUCGUCUUCACCCUCUUCAUGGCCACAAGCAAGGUGUGGAUGACUGCCCGCCACUCACACGGCUCCCCCUUUGCUCUCAUCGAGUCCUGGGUUUGCCAUCUGCUCUUUGGCUCCCCUCUGGGCGGAUCUGAGGAAGACCAUCAUCAUCCUCCAGCCGCAGCGGUCCCGUCAUCGCUCAAAAGCAAGGAGGAGCUGAGCGAAGGCGCUCGCAAGAGGAAGGCCAAGAAAGCAGAGUAGAAAAGCAAAGUAGCGUCACUGCAACAAUGGAACCGCGUCUGACUCGCCAACACGGCCUCCACUUGAUGGCGCAUCUCCUUUCCCCUCCAGCGAAAGAGGCGCUUUCACAACUGAGACGCUUUCUCGUCGAGCCAAAUUGUGCUCUGCGUUUUACAUUUUCAUUUACAUUUUACAAGGACUCUGUAAAGACAAUCAUCCACUCCUCCACCCUCCCUGGACAUUCGAAAGCUAUUUAUAAUGUUCCCAUCCAUGUGCUCUGUGUGGUCGUCCCACCUGCAGGCGCCGCAUGGUCGUCAUCGGAGCGUCAGUGGUUCUCUUUUAGUCCGUUUCACUUGUUUCAGAGCAGAAAGAAAUUUUGAAUCAGACAAAUGUGAAGAAAGUAUCCUGUGAAAGAUAACUUUUUACCUUGAAGCUGAUGAGUAUUCCAAGAAUUUGAAUAAAAUGAAGAAAAAGGUGUUGUCUUGCUGGGUUUUUUUUGGUGACACUGACUGUUUUAUAGAAACCGGAAAGUGGUAACUCAACUUUCUCAAACUAAAUUGGGACAAAUCUGAUAUCAUCAUAAAUGGUCCCAACUAUCUCAC